UUUCUCUCAUUAGAGUACCGGGAGCCAAAUCAUUUGAUUUUAAGUGUUAUAAAUGUUUACACGUGUCUGCAGACCUCGAGAGAUCGAACAUGCAACACAAAGAUCCACAGCAUUUUCACAAUGAGUUUCUGUCAAUUUGGUUUUCUACUGUUGCUAGCGUGCACCGUGCUGGCUGGAUCGUCGUCGCCUUCUCUUCUGGAAUCGGCUUUUCCUUCUCACUACGACGAAAAUCGAAGAAGAGAAAUAAUUCAGGCUUUUGAGAAAACCUUCUUACAUCUGUUUGGAUUGAAGGAACGACCAAAGCCAAAGAAAGAUACUUUUAUUCCACAGUAUUUGUUAGAGUUAUAUGAAAAACACAGCGAGGACCCAGAUUCUCUUGGAGAUAGCGUCAAUGUCAAAAGACGAGGCGCGGGUUCCGCCAACACUGUUAGAAGUUUUCUUCAUAAAGAAUUGACCACUGACGUCAUCAGUAUGGCAGGAUGCGGGGAGCACAACUGUGCCCAUUUCUACUUCAACGUAUCAUCCAUUCCUAUGGAGGAAUCAUUAACUGGUGCUGAGCUAAGACUCUUUGUUGAUCAAAAUAACGACACAAAAAAUCCAGUCGGAAACAGGAAACAGUUCAGACAUAAAAUAGAAAUUCACGAGGUUCUUCAACCGGAAACCCAAAAUUCUGAAGCCAUAACUAGGCUGCUGGAUGUGCGUCACGUGGGAGGAAGAAAUGCAUCUUGGGAAUCUUUUGACAUUCACCCAGCAGUAUUAAAAUGGAAAAAGAAUCCUCAUUCAAAUCAUGGAUUAAAAGUUCGUGUAUUACAAUUUAAAAACAAACCGUCCACAGACUCCAUUAAACACGUGCGUUUACGACGUGACGUAGAAAGUGUGGAGGAAGAGAGGCACAAAAGACCUCUGUUGGUGACUUUCACGGACGAUAACCGUGGGUCACGGACUAAGCGAGCCACCAGUGAUAAAACAAAAAAAGUUAGAAAAAAUAGGAAAAAUAGAAAAAAUAAAAAGCGAAGGAGAAAUAGAAAGAAAAACAAUAGAAAGAAUAAAACAAAGAGGAAAAAGUAUAACGACCAGUGUCGAAGGAAGGAGUUAAAUGUAGAUUUUAAAGCCGUUGGGUGGAACGAUUGGAUAUUCGCGCCACCCGGCUAUAAUGCGUAUUACUGUGAUGGUUCAUGUCACUGGCCGUAUGAUGACCACAUGAAUGUGACAAACCAUGCGAUAGUCCAAGACUUAGUGAACUCCAUAGACCCCAGGGCGGCCCCGAAGCCCUGUUGUGUACCCACAGAACUCAGUUCGCUCUCCUUAUUAUAUACGGACGAACAUGGCACAGUUGUGCUGAAAGUCUAUCAAGACAUGGUUGUAGAAGGAUGCGGGUGCCGGUAGCCAUGAUAACUCUUUAAAUUGUUAUUGUUAUUUGUUGUGAUAUUAUUUAUUUGCGAAAAUGGAUGAAAAAGUGUGUGUGUUCCGAAAUAUGGCUGUUCGGAAGUCAGCUUCAUAUUUGCUCAUCUCCAAUCUCCCAUUCAUUGACAAUCAUAUCAUUAUUUUCAUUUUGCAUAAAUUGCAUUAUAAAAUAAAAAAUUAUUGUUAUAAUUUCAAAUUAUUUAUGUUCUCUUUUGUAUUAUUGUAAUUCAUGGUUUAAGUACAAAAUGAUGAAACAACCA